CCUUUUGCAAAUUCGUAACAUAUUAUACGAUAUCGUAACAUAUCAUAGUAAUUUGUAACACAUCAUACAAAAUGGAUGAUGGACAUCACAAAUUAAUACAUACCAUAUGAAAGGUAACAUAUCAUAACAUACUAAGUGGAGUGUCUCGGAUUUAUGUCGACUACAGAGUAACAAGAAAUGCUCCGAGACCACGUUGGCUCCUAUGGCAACACAUCAGCUUCAUGAAUAUUCAUGUUACCAGAAUGCUUGGGAUAGAUGUCAGCGGGAUGUCAGCAGGAUGCUGCUGCUGAUGUAGCCUAUGGUGCGUGAUUGCAUUGCAUUGUUUAUUAUUGAGAGGCAGCUGACACAAAUCUGGAGGAAAAGAGCAUCCCUCCUCACGCUGUUCAUGACCUCCUCGUCUCCUCUCUGUCAGUCGGUCAUGCUAAAGUGGCUUCUUCCAGAACCCCCCAGCCCCACUUGGUCCGCACACGGUUGGAGCGUACGUGCCUACCGGGAGUGUUAUGGUGAAGCGGACUGUCAAAGCAGCGAGAGAAGGCAUAUCUAAACUGCCAGGUAAUGAUCGAGAUAGCCUCUUCCUGUAUUUGCACCAGAAGAGCCACAGCCGCCCGUGUCAUGUGUAUCAGUGUAAUGCUUUCAGGGUUUGAGAUUAGCUCCAGACUGGUCGCUCUCACUCACAGAUAGGGAGCUGUGUGGUUCGUGGCAAUACUUCUCAACAGUAACCAUCCUAUUCUGGACAUCUAUUGCAUUUUAAUUUGUUCGUUCCUUUUCAAUGUCAUAAUGGACAGGUUGCACUCCUCCAUGCGUAAAAGGCUCUACAGUUUGCCACAGCAUAUUGGACAGAAAGCUUCUAUUAUGGGCGAAGGAGAAGACGGCGACAAGGACACCCGGAGGAAGAGUAUUAGGAUGAAACCCUUGCCGUCACCAACCUCCAGAGGAAGCUUCAAAGGCAUCGGGGAGACCAGAAGUGGGGACACAGUGAUCAUGGAGACGGACAUUGGGAGACCAACGAAGACCAGUUUAAACGGAGAUUGUCGGAGAUUUCGUGGCAGUCUCUCCUCCAUCACCAGUCGGCAUGUGCACGACUCAGACUCGGCGGAGGAGAGGCACCUCAUCACAGAGGGGGACGUCACCCCGAGCGAGGAGAGCCCUCCCGGAGCUAUUGGCGGUGGGGCGGACCAAGGUGCGCAAGGCGCCAGUGGUGGUGGUGGUGCUGGUGGUGCCCAACAUGCUUCUCUUGACCAGGAAUCAGGGUUCAUAAAGUUGGAUGGCAUUGAUCAAAUUUCCCCGGACGACGAGAGAUUGUACCAGGCAGGAUUCAUACACAGGCAGUUUGGGGCAAUGCUGCAACCGGGGGUCAACAAGUUCUCCCUGAGGAUGUUUGGGAGCGAAAAGGCAGUGGAACGGGAACAGGAGCGGGUUAAAUCCGCCGGAUUUUGGAUAAUUCAUCCGUACAGUGAUUUCAGGUUCUACUGGGACCUGACCAUGCUGCUGCUGAUGGUGGGGAACCUGAUCGUCAUCCCGGUGGGCAUCACCUUCUUCAAAGACGAACACACGCCCCCCUGGAUCAUCUUCAACGUGAUCUCAGACACCUUCUUCCUCAUGGACCUGGUGCUCAACUUCCGCACUGGCAUCGUCAAGGAGGACAACACCGAGAUCAUCCUGGACCCACAACAGAUCAAGAUCAAGUACCUGAGGAGCUGGUUCGUGGUGGACUUCAUCUCCUCUAUACCUGUGGACUACAUCUUCCUCAUCGUGGAGACACGCAUCGACUCAGACUUCUACAAGACGGCCCGGGCACUGAGGAUCGUCCGCUUCACCAAGAUCCUCAGCCUGCUCAGACUGCUCAGGCUGUCCAGGCUCAUCAGAUACAUCCACCAGUGGGAGGAGAUCUUCCAUAUGACCUAUGACCUGGCCAGUGCCAUGGUGCGUAUCGUCAACCUGAUUGGUAUGAUGCUGCUGCUGUGCCACUGGGACGGAUGUCUGCAGUUCCUGGUUCCCAUGCUGCAGGACUUCCCCCAGGACUGCUGGGUGUCCAAAAACAAAAUGGUGAACGACACAUGGGGACAGCAGUACUCCUACGCCCUGUUCAAAGCCAUGAGCCACAUGCUGUGUAUCGGGUACGGCAUGUACCCACCUGUGGGCAUGACGGACGUGUGGCUCACCAUCCUCAGCAUGAUCGUGGGCGCCACCUGCUAUGCCAUGUUCGUGGGUCACGCCACUGCACUCAUCCAGUCUCUGGACUCCUCCCGUCGGCAGUACCAGGAGAAGUACAAACAGGUGGAGCAGUACAUGUCCUUCCACAAGCUGCCGGCUGAUAUGAGGCAGAGGAUCCAUGACUACUACGAGCAUCGCUACCAAGGCAAGAUGUUUGACGAGGAGAGCAUCCUGGGAGAACUCAACGAGCCACUCAGAGAGGAAAUCAUUAACUUUAACUGUCGAAAGCUGGUGGCUUCCAUGCCACUGUUUGCCAACGCGGACCCCAACUUUGUGACCUCCAUGCUGACCAAGCUGCGCUUCGAGGUGUUCCAGCCCGGAGACUACAUCAUCAGAGAGGGCACCAUCGGCAAGAAGAUGUACUUCAUCCAGCACGGAGUGGUCAGCGUUCUCACCAAGGGCAACAAGGAAACCAAGCUCUCAGACGGAUCCUACUUCGGGGAGAUCUGUCUGUUGACGCGGGGUAGAAGAACAGCCAGCGUCAGAGCAGACACCUACUGCCGUCUUUACUCUCUGUCUGUGGACAACUUCAACGAGGUCCUGGAAGAGUACCCCAUGAUGAGACGGGCCUUCGAGACCGUGGCUCUGGACCGGCUGGACCGCAUAGGGAAGAAGAACUCCCUCCUGCAGCACAAGGUGCAGCACGACCUGAGCUCCGGUGUUCUCAACUACCAGGAGAACGAGAUCAUCCAGCAGAUUGUGCAGCAUGACAGAGACAUGGCCACCUGUGCCCACCUCCUCCAGAACAUUCCUCCACCUCAGCCCCCGUCUCCGGGGCACACUCCCGUCAUCUGGGCUCCCCUCAUCCAGGCACCCCUGCAGGCUGCUGCUGCCACCACCUCUGUGGCCAUCGCCUUGACGCACCACCCCCACCUCCCACACCUCCCCGCCACGCUCUUCCGCCCACCGGUCACGGUCCUGGGCUCCAGGAACCUCCAGGACCCUCCCCCCGGCCGGCUGAAGAAGUUCCACACAUCGGCGCCCACCUCCUUCAUGGGACCUGACUCCCCCUCCAGCACCCCAUCUAAACUGCACUGCUCUGGGAUGGAUACAGCCCUGCUGGCCUCCUUCCGGGCCCACCACACGACUCAGGGGUCAGGGGCAGCCAGCUCCAGUCAGCAGGCGUCCAGCAGCAGUGGAACCCAGCCUGGGCCUAGUGGGGCCUCCGCCUUUCCCUUUGGGCCUUUCUCCUCCUCCGGGGGCUCUCCCUCCCACAGCACAGCCCAGCUCCAUUCACAGCCCCAGACGCAGCAGCCAUUCCGCUGCACCACCCCGCCUCUCGCUGCCCUCUUCCAGCAGGGAGCUGUGGGGGGAGCAGGGAUGGGUGGAGCAACAGGGGGAGCUACUGGGGGGGCUACAGGUUGGUCUUCAGGAGGCGCUACUGAAGGUGAAGUAGGAGGAGCAAUAGGAGGGGCUGAUGAGAGGGCCACAGGUGGGACAAUAAGAAGGGCCACUGGUUGGGGUAGACGUGGAUCUAUAGAAGGAUAUACCACUGGAGGGCAUAUAGGAGGAGCUAGUGGUGGGCACAUUAGAGGAACUAGUGGAGGCCAUAUAGGAGCUACUGGUGGAGCAAUGGCAGGGGCAGCUGGAGGGCAUAUAGGAGGGGCAAUGGGAGGGGCUAUAGGUGGAAUGACAAUUGGAGUUCUGGGUACCUCUAGUUCUGGUUGUAGUAUCAGCCCCCAGUCCACUGGUUCAUCCGGCAACAUUCAGUCCUGUCAACUGCUCCACAGCCAGCUGCCCCUAAAUCCUCCACAGGUGGGCUCCCUGCAGCAGUUUGCAGGCGGGGGCAAGACUCCUAGUGCAUUCUACCACUCCCCCCCUCCAGGCUCCCCAUCCUCCUCCUCCACCCUGCAGGCCCCAGAGGGUUCCCCAUCUCCCUUGGCCCAGUUCAGCCUGGCAGGCUUACAGUCUGGACUUCAAUCUGGCCUCCAGUCUGGCCUCCAGUCUGGCCUGGUCCCUCAGCUGUCCCUGGAGAGGUCUGCCCUGGCCUCGUUGGCCCAGUACGGCUCAGCUAACGGCUCGCCCUGCUACACCCCCCUGGGGCCUAGCCCCACGGUCCAAAGCCCAGUCACAGGAAGGACUUUCCACUACAGCGACUCCUCCAGUGCCACUGGGUCCCACAGCUCUCUGCUCAUGCCCCAGACCUCCCUCCCCAGCCAGCAGCAUGCAGCCGGCAGUGAGUCUCUGCUGGGGCUGGGCAGCUUCUCUGAGGAUAUGAAACUAUUGUCCUGUUCUAACCCCUCCCUGCCCCAGGAUGUGGCCCAGGCCAUGGGAUACUCCUCACUCCCACGUUCCUCACCCUCUCGCAGCUCGCCCCCACGCUCCUCACCCCCUCGCAGCUCGCCUCCACGCUCCUCACCCCCACGCUCCUCCAUGGAGCCAGGAUACUGUCUCUCCUCGCCCUACUCCUCCCCCAUCCUAGUGCCCAAACCCUGUAGCUCGGUGUCAGGACACAUGGCUCCUCCUGUCCCUGCCCAGAUGUCUCCAGGACACCUGCAGCACCAGACUCAGUCCCCCGUGGCCUCCCCGGCCCUGCCGCCACGGAAAGGCUCGGCAGCCCACUCUGAACUAGAACCUGUCCGCUCCAAACUAACCUCCAAUUUGUGAGGUUUGAUCACACCCUCCCUGGACUAGUACACAAACAAUCUUCCUGUAUGAUGUCAUUCUCUUCUAGGCUUCACUGUGUUCUAAUCGUUAUCAUUUCCACCAUCUUAAUAUUACUGUGAUUUAAAAGAUGACACUUAACCAGGUAACUUCUAGCUCCCUAGACUACUACACUUUCUUUGUUUUUGUUUUGUCCUUCUCCCUUUUUUAUUCAUACGUAUAUACAUAGAAAUAUAUUUAAAAGAUAUGCUAAUCAAGGGACAGGAGGGUGUGAACAGAAAAUGAUAUCCAUUUAAGAGAUGGUCAUUUCUUUGUUUCUAACUAUGCCAAAUUCAUAUGAUGGGGUUUGGUUUGAUGGUUAGAUGGACAACACAAUAGUACUUUUUUGCAGGAACCUAUGCACUAAUACCUGCAUGUAUAGCUGCUUUUUUUGUGUGUUUUAAAAGAACAGAAUCAACCUUUUCAGUGGAAAAUACAUGCUUCAAUAAAGAGCAGACUGACUUAUUUUUUCAUCCCAAUACAGGAUCACAUGUUGUUGAUCCUUUAUCAUCUAUUAUCAAUGAGAUGACUUAUUUAUCCACUCUAUAGACUUCACGAAACCUUCCGAGGUGGAGAAGAGAUUUUAGGAAACCAAAAAUAAUUUGCCUCCCCUUUGGCCUGUGUGUUGUUGUAUUGUCGUAAUAUUGGGGGGUGUUGAGUGGGCUUACAGGCCCUCCAUCCCUGUAGUGAGACAGACAUCAAGUAUGAUGUGUUAGUGAUAGGCUUCCUGCAGUGUCCUCAACCCUGUCCUAACAAAUUCACUUUGUCUUCCAAGCUCUUUCAUGCCGCAAAUGUUUUGGAUGGGCAAGGACAAGUUGAGCCCUGCAAUCUGUGUGCUAGUGGACAGAGUGUGUGCAUUUAUGUGUGUGUGUGUGUGUGUGUGUGUGUGUGAUAGUGACUGAGUGUGAGUGUGUGUUUGAGUGAUUGUCUGUGUGUUUAAGAGAGAAAGAGAGCGAGAGUAGUCUAAUGCAGGAGAAGACUAACCAAGGAGGGUUUUGCCUUUUCACAAAACUAGGACGACCAUCCCAGCUUGUGUGUGGAGUUGUGUACCUGCAGGACUCUUCAAUCUCUCAAUGCUAGAAAACACUACACUCACUAGUGCUCCCAGAGCCGUCAAUCACACAUACUACACAGUCAGAUAAUGUAGCGAACACACAGGAAAUAGACCAUUUGAACAUAAGCAAUUACGUUUGUUAUUGUAAUGAUAUCAGAUACCUGUUGAAGUGCUGCUUGAUAGAAAAGAUCUUACCACUCCACAUUACUACCCACAGCUGCUAGACGGUCAACGUAGACAUUCUCCCACAUUGACUGCCAGUGUUGAGUUGAACAUGUUGAAUGUAUGCGCGUUUCAUGAAUGUUUUAUUUAGAAUAAAUAUGGGUCAUGCGGUUUUACAUCAAGGAGGUACAGACAGAAAGACGGGUCGUGAUGGAAUAAAAAUGGUAGUUGUGGACAAUUUCAUAGACCUGUAUGUUGAGGUUAAUCCCAGCGGACAAGAAUGGUUGAAAUGACUUCAUUUCAACCAACCAGCUGUAUGCCUGGCUGUGUGUUCUGUAUAGAUAGGUAGCAGUAAUCACCUCUGCUUCUCUCCACAGACCAUCCCUCUCCUGCUCUCCUGCCCAUCAUAAGGAGCAGCAUGUUACCCUGGGUUCAAGACAGCUGGGUCCAUCUCUAUCUCAGUCACACCACUCAGACACAACACUCUUUUUUAACAACACAGCCCCUGACCUCUGACCCGUGUAGGCCAGCAUGGGCUAGUUGACAGAAGUGCACAGUGACCACACUCUAGUCCCUCAUUACUACCUCCCUCAGCAGGCCUGUAUCAAGGGCUAAACACACACACGCGCACACGCACACACACACACACACACACACACACACACACACACACACACACACACACACACACACACACACACACACACACACACACACACACACACACACACACACACACACACGGACAUGACACACUCAUGCACAUGCAUACACACACACAAGCCUUGGCAGUCUCCCAGUGCAAAUCACAGUGUUGAAUUGAAUUAAUUUGAACAGAACAGUAAGAUAUUUAUUAAUUAAAAGGGCUUUUAAAAUGAGUUCUGUUCUCCUAUUGGAGUGAAUGCAUAUCUAAAGUAUCGGUUUUAAAUCGUCUCUCUUUCUCUCCCUCCCUCUGUUUGUUGUUGUUGUUUUACACCUGGUCUUCUUCUGCAGCGAGGCACUAUAUAUCUAGAAAUAUCUGAAAUAUUUAUUCACUGUCUGUGUCUGUCUGGCAUGUGGCACAUGACUCCCUGACAGGCCGGAUUGACGGUGGGAAACCCACAGACAUCACCUCAGACAGACAGACAGGGAGGGAUUUAUUCUCUCAUAUAGAACACUCAGCAGCGUGAUUGGCUGGACACAGGGAGGGAACAGGGAAGUGAUCAGCUCCAGCAGGAGAAUAUUAAUGUCUGUAGUGUUUACAGUGCAAUCGUUAAAGACUGUGACUGCUGGAGCUGUUAAAACACAAAGCCAAUAGACUGCCGUGGCUGUUUCACAUCUGAACAAAAAAACAACAAGAACCUCAACCGGUUUGUUUAUUUUCCACAAUAUGACCUUAUUAAGUCCAAGAGUUGGGAAAUGUGACUACUUUGGAUCGGGGUUGAGGGAGCUAGUGGUUGAGACAGAGGAGUAAAUGUGAGGAGACACUGAUAGAUUGGAGGAAUGACGUGGUUGGACAGACGGUCAGGGCGCUGACAGGUAGACAGCCAGCCCAUGGGGUUCGCAGGCUGACGAGCUGCUUGUUUUCUGGGGGACGUUGAAGGCAUGUCAACCCUGCCUUAUGAUUGUUCCUGAGCGCUGGUGUAGGUUUGUGGGAGGGAGGAGGAUAUUGAUUUGUGGGUACUUGGGUGUUGCUAAGGUAAUGGUGUGUGUGCCUGUGCGUUUGUACAUGUGUGUCUGUAGGAGAGAUCGCAACCCAGCGUUCUCAACCCAGUGCCAGGGUCGAUGUCUGGGAGUGGUCGGUGUCUGAAGAUGGGUGGGCAGGGGAGGCACAGGUCAUGGCUUAAAGAGAGAUAGGCACAAGACAGUGAUCGAUUAGCUGGGUCUGGACCUGACCUGGAAGACCUGGGCCAUUAUCACAGAUAAGGACGUGCAUAGUGUGUCAAUCAUUCCAGUCUGCCGCUGUCAUUCAGGGAGCUGUCAGUGUCCCGUCUGAAUGUACAUGACUCUGUCUCUCACCUAGGCCACGCCUCCAUAACACUGAACUGUCUGGUCUUCCUUUGAUGCUAUUUGUUCUUCAAGUGGAUUUUGUUAUCUUUGGCCAUGUCUACACUUAACACUUACAUGCAACUUCUGCUAUCAGGAUAGGAAGAUCGCAUUGAAAAGACGGGUCUAGAUGCACAAAAGUCCCAUUGUGGCCCGAUUGUGUUCAGAUCUGCCUGACCACUUCAGGAGGUGGUCAGGGACGUAUUGUGUGCAGAUUUCUCCUCAGUCUGGACACAAUCAGGCUACUGAAAGUGCAUACAGUGGGCGACGUCAUCAGCACUCUGCCCACAAGUCUCCAGAAAACGUGUGUUUUGGGUGCGAGAGGCACCUUUUCAUAAUAAUGUUGGAGGAAAUACAUACCUAGCAUGGGAGGAACGUAUUUACUGGCAUCAUAAAUGCUAGCCAGCUAGCUAAAAUUAAAAAAAACACAAUGUUUUGUUUGGCUAGAGUUAUGCUAACCCGUUUGCAAUCGCUUUAGCUUUGCUAGCUAGCUUGCUGGUUAGUUACAGAGGUUAGUUGGCUAGCUACAGUAGUUGGCUACUGCCAUCAAGUUGUUUUGUUAAUAUCAGAUUUAGCCUGUUCCAACAUUUGCAGAAUGUAUACCGCAUUUGAAUAUAGGGAAAAGGGAACCCGGACACAAUGUGGACACGGUAGACAUUUAAAUGUAGGUGUAGAGGUAUGAGGUGUUCAGAUCAGAAUUGAUCAGAACUCCAUGAUCAGAAUACAAAAGCUGCAUGAACUGUCAAGUCUAGACAAGGCCUUUGAUUAAUUGCUGCUGAUAAAUGUGUAGCUUUCUAUAGAUUGUCUUUAAGGAUGUCUGUGGGGAACAGAGGCAAACAGAGGCAAACCAUCUUCAUGUCCUUGGAGAUUUCAGAGCUCAUCCAUAAAGACCAUCUAUAGUAGACUAUAAAUAGACUUAAUUCUACAAAACAGUGAACCGUGUUUGAAUUCUACAUAUCAGAGACUGACUCAAUAUACAGUAGAGUUAUUUCCAUUCCAUUUCCCUUUUUACCACCCAUCCAACAUGGGAAGGUUGAUGUGUUGUGGAAUGCCAGAGAAAGCAUAUGAAGGACAUAUCAAGGUACAGUGAGAGCGUGGCAAAUGAAGACUAAUCAAUACAAAUACAAACAGCCCCUCCAUUCUGAAUUUAUUUCAGGAUAGGCAGACAUAACCCUUGGAUGUUGUCUUUCUGUAAUUCAGUAAAAACAGACCAAACAAGUUUACUGUAGAAUGGCAGGGUGGAAGUUUGUUCUCUUUCCUUCCUUCUGCCUGCAGAUGUAUGUCAUUGUGUUCACCUCUGUCCAGAUCACCCCAGGGCCUUAGUGUGUUAUCAUGCUCUGGUCCUAUAGCACUACCCUGGGCUGGAGAGCUGGAGGAAGUGGAGGGAAUGGGAUUCUGUGCUGCUGUUGUAGUGCUUCAUCCCGGACUCUUGUCUGUAUGGGAGACUUGGAGAAGCUUCUCCUGGCAUACCCAGCAGCAUUUCCAAUUCAGGGCGGUCUCUGUAACACAACACAUUUUGAUUCCAUUUGGACCACUCCCAAUUUCCGAACCUAAUCUUUGCCUCCCCACUUCCCAUUGUGCUGUAUUACUGGGCCGUGAAUGUGGGUGGGGGAAUCCAGUGGUGCACACUAAAAGGAAAUCAGCUGCAGUGAUUGAGGAUUAGAGGUAACAGCAGCAGAAUUGAACCUGCUAUU